GAAUAUUCUUCUCAUCCCUCUAGCAACCACCGGCCGUCGCCGUUCAUGCAACCUAGUUGUUGAUCACCGUGGUAUAGCACAAAGGAAAUCAAAACCGCCAUAGCUGGAAAUGUGGGUUGUUCUUGAAAGGCUGGCAAAUGUGUUGGUGAUAUGAUAGAAGACAUCAAUGUGGUUAAAUUUGAAUAGAGUGGAUGGAUGUAUGUGAAUCAAAUCAAGCAUUAGAGACCAGAAGACCACCAUCAUUUCCAGAAAAGAACAAUGGAAGGAUUCAUCAGCCUCUUACUAGGGAAGUCAGUUCUAGGUACAAAUCCCCUACACCAAGGCGUUUUCCAUCCCCAAACACAACAAGAACAGCUACAACAUCAGCACCGGCUCCAAAGAGAGCUGUAUCUGCAGGAAGGAGGCCGCCAGCAACACCACCAUCGCCUCCAAGCCCCUCCACCCCAAUCCAUGAUACAUCUGUGUAUACAGAACUGGCCGCCAGAAAGACGAAUGGUAGUAAAUUGCCAGAGUCCUUGUGGCCUUCAAGAAUGCGUAGUCUGAGUGUUGCUUUCCAGUCUAAUACAUUCUCGAUGCCAAUUAGUAAGAAAGAGAAACCUCCUCCUCAGGCCCUUUAUGAUCGCACUUUGAAACCAUCCUCAAAUGUAGCCCAUAAAUUGCCUGUAGCAUCACCUACCUAUAGGAAGGCUACACCAGAGAGAAAGAGGAGUCCUCUUAAAGGAAAAAAUGCCGCAGACCAGUCAGAGAAUUCUAAACCUUUGGAUGGUUUACAUGCUAGACUAGUUGAUCAGCAUCGGUGGCCUAGCAGAAUAGGUUCUAAUGUUUUAAGUAAAAGCAUUGAUCUUUCUGAUACAUCUAUCAAAAAAUUUAUCACUCCAAAUCCAGGUUCCCUCAGGAGAAUGUCCUUGCCCAAUGAUACAAAUAACCCUUCACAAAAAUUAAAAGGUGAUGCUGCAAGGCUACUAUCACCACUUCCCCAUAAUCCUCAGAGAAUAUCCAAGCUUAGUUCAUCAGAGAAAAAUGGUUUAGUUACUGCUGCACCAAAUAAUUCAUCUGGUUUAGUUUCACGAGGUGUCAGCCCAUCUAGAACAAGAGCUUUGAUUUCUGCGCCCUCUAGAGGGGUCAGUCCUAAUCACAUGAGAUCAUCUAGUCCUUCGAGGCAAUUAUCCAAUUCCAGUACAGUUUCUGUUCUCACAUUUAUUGCUGACAUCAAAAAGGGGAAGAAGGUUGCAAACCGCAUAGAAGAUGCUCACCAUCUACGGCUACUUUAUAACAGGCAAGUGCAGUGGCGGUUUGUUAAUGCCAGUGCAGAAGCUGCAUUGAGUUAUCAGCAAGUAACCGCUGAGAAAUCUUUAGUUAAUGCCCAGAGAACUAUAUCAAAACUCCACGAUUCAGUAACUGCAAAGAGGAUUCACAUCUAUCAGUUGAAACUGCAACUAAAGCUGUACUUGGCUUUAAACCAACAAAUCACUUAUCUCAAUCAAUGGUCUUCGAUGGAAAGGGAGCACAAUUUUGCUUUACAUGGUGCUACUGAAGAUCUACAAGCAAGCACUCUACGUCUUCCUGUCACUGGAUGUGCAACGGCAAAUAUUCAAACUGUGAAGUCGGCUGUUUACUCGGCCAUCCAAGUAAUGCAGACAAUGGGAUCCUCCAUACAAUCAACACUAUCAAGAUUGGAGGGAACAAAUUGGCUGGUCUCUGAACUUGCUACCGUAGCAGCACAAGAAAGAGCUCUUUUUGAUGAAUUUGAAGCUUUAAUGGCUUCUGCGUCUUCUCUACAGGAAGAGGAAUACAGCCUUAGGACACAUCUCGUACAGUUGAAACAAGCUUCGCAGAGUGUAUGAACGUAUCAUGAUCACAUCCGACACUAACUUCACUUCAUUUUGUCUCUUAAUUAAGCAAAGAAAAAUACAUCCACGGUGUGUCGAUAGUAUAGUGUGUGUAUAGUUUUCUUUUUCUCUUGUGUGGUUCUUUUCUCCCCUCGCUUUAGGAGGGUCGGGCGUUGAGGUGAUAGCGAAAAAAUGUAACUAGUUAACGUAUACAUGGCAAUGGCAAUGGCAAUGGCAAUGGCAAUGCAGUGGUCUAGCUUUGUU